AUGAGACACAGGAAGAUCUCUGCAAAAGCAUCUGACGAUGAUGAAAAUAACGGGAAGUCCACCACAACAAAUUGUCUACCAAAAAAAUCUUCACUGUCACUAAAGAAAAUCUUUAUGCUAUGUUUGGUUACACGAAUGAUCAACUCAUUAUUAGUUCAAACAUAUUUCAACCCAGAUGAGCAUUGGCAAGCUCUUGAAGUAGGGCACCGCAUCACUUUCGGGUAUGGGCAUCUGACCUGGGAAUGGAAAAAGGGUAUAAGGACUUACUUGCAUCCGGUGCUGUUUGCAGCUCUUUAUAAAGUUCUGGCCUUUUUCCAUCUUGAUACCCCUUUGUUCAUGACAAGGGCUCCACGAUUGCUGCAGUCCGUAUUUUCUGCAAUCGGUGAUCUCUACUUGUACAAAUUCUCUCAGGUCUUGUUUGGCAAACAUGUUGCAAAAUGGGCACUAUUUGCACAGUUGGUAAACUGGUUUAUGCUUUUUUGCAUCACACGUACUUUAGCUAAUAGUAUGGAGACUAUCCUCACACUUGUGAGCUUGUACUAUUGGCCCUCCUUGCGAAGGCUUUCUGCAAGUGUUUCAUCUGGUUCAAGAAAGUGGGCAUUGGCUGCAGCAGCACUAGCAUGUGCUAUUCGGCCAACAAGCGCUAUAACAUGGGUUUAUGUUGCCCUGCUUGAACUAUAUUUGACAUGUGAUAAGCUCAAAUUUGUUCUUCUUGAAGCAGUUCCUAUUGGGGGUCUGGUACUUGGUCUCACUUCUCUGUUGGAUCGCUUGAUGUACGGCUCAUGGGUCCUUGUUCCUCUAAACUUUCUGAAGUUCAAUUUCCUUUCUUCUGGUGGAGACUAUUAUGGAACUCAUGCUUGGCACUGGUACAUCACCCAGGGAUUCACGGCCAUGCUCUUCACAUUCAUACCAUUUUCAAUUUCUGGCAUUAUCAUGUCUAAGCAAUGGAAGCUUUCUGGGUUGAUUGCCUGGGUUUUAGGAAUUUAUAGUCUAAUAGGCCAUAAAGAAUUCAGGUUUGUCCUUCCUGUGCUUCCAAUUGCUUUGAUGUUUGCUGGGUAUACAUUAGCCAAAAUGAGGGGGUCUGAUCCAUCAGAAAGCAAAAUGAAAGAAAAAUUGGGCAGUAAUAUAAAUUACUUCUCAAGAGUACACUUGUCUGUGUUUUUCCUGCUUGUUACCAAUCUCCCAAUGGCCUUAUACAUGAGCACAGUCCAUCAGAGGGGAACUGAGGAUGUCAUGAACUAUCUCUCCGUAGAGGCUAUUAAUAAUAAAGUGGAAAGUAUCCUUUUCUUGAUGCCAUGCCAUGCUACACCUUACUACUCAACCCUGCACCGUAACCUUCCUAUGCGUUUCCUGGAUUGUACACCGAGUGAAGAGAAAGGGAUCCUAGAUGAGUCGGACCAGUUUUUGAUGGAUCCAGUUGGUUUUGCAACCGAGUACGCAAAAAAAUGGUCUUUACCUAGUCACAUUGUACUAUUUGACUCUCAGCAAAAACAACUAAAGGAGUUUCUAGUUUCGCAUAAUUUCCACGAGAUAAAGAGGUUCUUUCAUGCUCACUUCAAGGUUGAUCGAGAGUUACAGGCAUCAAUUAUUGUUUAUGCUUACCAAGGCCAGUGA